GUUUCCUCUUCUGCACAGUUUGAACGGAGACUCUCUUUUUUCUGCUUCUUCUAACCUCACUGAUGUCACUGCAGCAGGUGUUGGAGUCUGUCUUUCCUUUUGGCCUCUCCCAGGCGGAGCUUCACCGUUCUGCAUAAAACAAGAGAGAGAGGUUCUGCCGCUGAAGGUCCCUCCGUUCCUCCAUCUGAUCUGCAGCCUUCCUCCUCCUCCUCCUCCUCCAGCACCAUGGAGAGCUCCGGGUUGCUCCAGGCUCUGCUGCUCCUCAGCCUGCUGUCGGCCCUGUGUCACGGCCAGGCGCCACCGGACGUCUCAGACGACUUCCAGGAUGAGAAACUGGACCCAGCUGCAGACCCAGACCUGGUGGAAGCUCUUGAGGUUCUGCUGGGUCGGAUCCACAGCCGGGUUUCUUCCACAGAGAAACGAGGGAGCAUCCCGCUGUGCGGGAUGGGGGGCCGCUGUGCCGUGAAGUUCGGCCCUCGCAUCGGGAAGCUCUGCGACUGCGGAAGAGGCGCCAACUGCAACUCCUACCUGCUGAAAUGCAUCUGAGGAGCUUUUGCUUCUCCUGACUUCCUGAAGGCCGAACAUCCUUCAGCUUCCAGCCCGGUCGCCCAAUUACCGUCCACCUCCACCGUCAUUUGUCUUCCUCCGCGCUGCUGCUGCCUGAGGACUAGCAUGUGUUUUCCACUCCUGACAGCGGCCUGGAGCAUGCAGAUGCUUCCUGUCCAAUAAACCUAUAUGUCAACAUGCACA